AUGACACUCACAAACAUACUUGAACAGGACAUUUCUAUCUUGAACGUUGAUGAUCUGGAUCAGGUCAUCGCCGAGCUCACUAACGUGAUCCACUCUGCAUGCCGGGCAAGCAUGCAUGUUAAAGGCCGGGGAACAAAGCCGAAGGCUCCUUGGUGGACGGAGGAAUUAGAGACCAUCAAGCGGGAAGUGGUGGAUUUGCACCACCAGCUUCAUGCUGCUAAACGCCAAGGUUUGCCUUUGAACCAGAUUUUGGAGGCACGCAAAUCUAUAAAGGAACUUUACGCUAGCAAAAUGCGUGAUGAGUCGACCAGGCAUUUCCGUGAGUUCUGCGAGUUGCAAACUAAGGAAAAUGUCUGGUCACUCACAAAUAGGCUACUCAAAACUGCCACCCCUAGGCGCCCACCAGUUACCCUCAACAGAGACGGUACAUACACCACCGAUAGCCAGGAGACUGCUAAGGCACUUUUGGACCACUUUUACCCGGGUGACUCACCCGACACCUUACCACGACAUCACGAAUAA